AUGGCCGGCGCUGUAAGUGAUUCUUGCUUGGAAUUGACUAAUGAUGUUCAAUGGCUAACAACAGUGGUUACCGCUCCAGAUUGCUUCCGCUAUCUACCAGCAUGUCUCCCCUCCCCGGAUCACCCAACGACGGUCUCGUUGAAUAUUUCUUCGGUCUCGCUAACCUGUGAUCUUUCAACGGUAUUUAGGGGCCUGAUCCGCAGGAACGCCGUUUACCUCACGGCCAUCUUCACCAGUGCCUUCGCUUUCGAGAUUGCCUAUGACUCGGCCUCCAACCGCAUCUGGGAUGCCAUGAACCGCGGCCGUCAAUGGAAGGACAUCAAGCACCAGUACAUGGUCAAGGAUGAGGAGGAUGACGAGUAA